AUGGACCGUUGGAGUCUGGAUCAUAAUGAGGACAUCUCCUGUAAAAAUCGGCUUAGAUGGGCUAAAGAACAUAGACAAUGGACACCUCAAGAAUGGUGUGCAAUACAAUGGAGUGAUGAGGCCCAAUUCGAAAUAAAAGUGAAAUUUCCAGCAUCCAUUAUGGUCUGGGGCAGUAUGUCAUCAAAAAGGAAAGAAUCGCUUUUACCAGUGAUGAAUGAAUGUUUGUCAUCCGGCCAAGAUAUUGUUUUUCAGCAAGAUGGUGCAGCAUGCCAUACCUCAAAAAAGGCUAUAAAAUGGAUGGAAGAAGAUAAUGUACCACUUUUAAAAUGGACCGCACGAUCAAAUACAGGUCCGCACUGA